CCUUUAUAUAUAUACAUGUGGUUAAUAUUUCAGUCUCAUAGUCUAUGUGAAACACUCCAAGAAGAAGAGUGUAAAAAAAUAUGGAUCAGAGCCAUUUAAACGCAAGUCAAUCAAGAUCUGUAGAUCGCAAAACUAUUGAGAAAAAUAGAAGGAUUCAGAUGAAAGAUCUCUACUCAGAACUCAACUCUCUUCUUCCUCAAACUUCUAGGGAGUCUUUGGCACUGCCUGAUCAGCUAGAUGAAGCUGCAAACUACAUCAAGAAGCUACAAGUGAACGUGGAGAAAAAGAGAGAAAGGAAGAGGAAACUUCUUGCGACUGCAGCUUUCGAGAAAUUGAAUUCCACUGGAUCUUCAUCGAUGUCUUCGAGUGUGGACGUCUCCAUGCCAAGAAGGUUGCCGAGAAUCGAGAUUCAAGAAACCGGUCCGGUUCUUCACAUCUUUCUUGUGACAAGCAUGGAACACAAGUUUAUCUUCCAUGAGAUCACUCGUCUUAUCACUGAGGAAGCAGGAGCUGAGAUGACUCAUGCUGGGUACUCCAUUGUUGAUGAUGCCGUCUUCCACACUCUUCAUUGCAAGGUGGAAGAUUGUGAUUACGGAGCUGGGACUAGAAUUUCAGAGAGUCUGAAGAAACUUGUGAACACAGUCAACUAAUAUUCUCUCUAAUGUGUACCCUUUCGUCCCUCUCCUUGCAGCUUUUUCAAUUUUUUUUCUUAUGUUUUACUUUUUCUUUGUUUGAUUUUAUCUUUUAUUAUGAAAGCAAUGUUUCGUUGUGAGCAUAAUACGCCAUUUUAAAAUCUAUAGAGAUGAUGUAUUGGAAUUGAAAUUGAUACUUAAGAGCAAAAAAAAAAGUAUCUAAUUAUGUAAUCUCUCUGUUUUUAAGAUAUAUAUUUUUCUGUA